AUGUUUGUCAAAAAGGCAGACAGUCCUCUCAGGCUGGUGGUGGAUUAUAGGAAGCCAAACAACAUGGCUAUAAAGAAUGUCUAUCCUCUUCCCCAACAAGAUGAUCUAAUGACCAAACUAUGCCACACCAAGAUUUUCACCAAGCUUGAUCUCAGAUGGGGCUACAACAACAUACACAUCAAGGAAGGGGACAAAUGGAAGACAGCCUUCCAAACCAAAUAUGGGUUGUUUGAAUACCUAGUCAUGCCUUUUGGUCUCACCAAUGCACCAGUGGCCUUCCAGCACUUUAUGAACAACUUAUUCAGGGACCUGAUUGAUGUAUCUGUGGUCAUUUACCUUGACAACAUCCUGAUGUUUGAGAACCCCAAGGAUCACAAUAGCCACAUAAGGGAGGUCCUAUAA